UGGACAGCUCCUGCUGAACUGGAGUCAUUUCUCUUGCCUUCCAUCCAGGCCGGGACAGUGAAGAAUCUCUGAGAUACAGGAAUCUCCUUCCUUAUCAGGGUUACUUUCCUCUGUUUUUGGAAUCCUGGCCAUUCUUACAACCAUGGAGAGUAUGGCGGUGCUUGACUCUGUGGGUGUAGGAGACCUGGUGCUGUUGGAGCCACUGACAGAAGACACAUUGAUGCAGAACUUGAAGAAACGCUUUGAACAUCAAGAAAUCUAUACCUACAUUGGGAAUGUGGUGAUCUCCCUGAACCCAUAUCAGCCAUUGCCCAUUUACUCAGCAAAAACGGUGGAAGAAUAUAAGAACUGCAACUUCUUUGCUGUCAAACCUCACAUUUAUGCCAUUGCCGAUGAUGCUUACCACUCAUUGAAGAAUCAAGACAAAGAUCAAUGCAUUCUUAUCACUGGUGAGAGCGGGGCCGGCAAAACAGAGGCCAGCAAAUUAGUAAUGUCCUAUGUGGCAGCUGUAUGUGGGAAAGGGGAGGAAGUGAAUCGUGUCAAGGAACAGCUGCUACAGUCCAAUCCUGUCCUGGAAGCCUUUGGGAAUGCCAAAACCAUCCGCAAUGACAACUCCUCCCGAUUUGGAAAAUACAUGGAUAUUGAGUUUGACUUCAAAGGCGAUCCUCUGGGUGGUGUCAUUAACAAUUACCUGCUGGAGAAAUCCCGAGUGGUGCAUCAUGUGAGGGGCGAGAGAAACUUCCACAUCUUCUACCAACUCCUAUCUGGAGGCUCAGACCAGUUGCUCAAACAGCUGAAACUUGAAAGAAAAUUCAGCCUUUAUAACUACCUCAACAAGGAAGCUGCAAGCUUGCAGGGCAUUGACGAUGCAGCCAACUUCAAAGCUGUGCAGGAUGCCAUGAGAGGCAUUGGGUUCACACCCUCAGAGAUGACAGAAGUGCUGGAGGUGGCAGCAGUUGUCCUCAAACUCGGCAAUUUGCAAUUUGGAGAGCGAUUUCAAGCUGGCGGGACACAAGCUUGUGUUAUCCAGAGUGACAAAGUGGUACAAGAGAUCUGUCAGUUGAUCCAUCUGGAUGAAACGGUACUGGAGCAAGCUUUGUCUUCUCGAACAGUGGAAGCCCAUCAAGAUAAGGUGGUGACAUCCCUGAAUGUCUCACAAGGUUACUAUGUACGGGAUGCUCUUGCAAAGAACAUUUAUAAUCGUCUCUUUAAUUGGCUUAUUAACAGGAUCAACGAGAGCAUCAAAGUGAAAACAACUGAGCGGAAGAAAGUGAUGGGUGUUCUGGAUAUAUAUGGCUUUGAGAUUUUUCAGGAUAACAGUUUUGAACAGUUCAUUAUCAAUUACUGUAAUGAGAAACUGCAGCAGAUCUUCAUCCUGCUCACCUUAAAGGAGGAACAAGAAGAAUACAUUCGUGAGGGCAUUGCUUGGACCCACGUGGAUUAUUUUGAUAACAGCAUCAUUUGUAACUUGAUUGAAGACAAUAAAAGUGGAAUUCUAGCUAUGUUGGAUGAAGAGUGCCUUCGCCCUGGAGAAGUGAAUGAAGAAACAUUCCUGAACAAACUUAACCAGGUCUUUUUGAAACAUCAGCGCUAUGAGAGCAGAGUUACCCAGAAUGCCAAGCACAUCAUGGAUACCAGCUUGCCUGUCAACUGCUUUCGAAUCCAACACUAUGCUGGAAAGGUAACUUACAACGUGACUGGAUUCAUUGAGAAGAACAACGACCUGCUCUUUCGAGACCUGUCACAAGCCAUGUGGAAGGCCAAGCAUGCCCUAUUACGCAGCCUCUUCCCUGAAGGUGACCCCCAAAAAGCCUCACUCAAGCGCCCACCUACAGCCGGUUCUCAGUUCAAAGCCUCUGUGUUCACCCUCAUGAAAAACCUCUAUUCCAAGAAUCCCAAUUAUAUCAGGUGUAUCAAGCCUAACGAUAACAAGAGGCCGGCUGUUUUCACCGAUGGGCUGGUCCGAGCACAGGUGCGCUACCUUGGGCUGUUGGAAAAUGUGCAGGUCCGGCGGGCUGGCUAUGCCUUUAGGCAGGCUUAUGAGCCAUGUCUGGAACGUUAUAAGAUACUCUGCAAGGAGACCUGGCCGCAUUGGAAAGGAAGUGGAAGGUAGGU